ACACAUUGCUUUCUAACUGUUAAGCCUCUAAAAUGGGGGGUAUGUAUGUAAAAACAGCCGAUACAAACAAAGGAAUAUCAACUAGUCAAACAUGUAUCGCAGUCAAUAGGAAAUGGCGUAUAUCCGCCAUGGCACCUCUUCUUCUUCUUCUACUACUACUGUGCUUCUGCUUCUUCUUCGUGCUCAACAAUGACGUAGCGCUGCUGCGUUAACACCCACGCGCUCCCCAUAAACGUGCCCCGGGUAUCAUAAACCAGCCGUAGUUGAGUUAAAAGUUGUAUUUUAGAGCCGUUUUGUUGGAAAUAAUGCUCAACUCGGCACUAGUUUGGUGUUUGAGAGACUAUACAUAUUCAUCCGCUUCGACAUGAGUGUCAAGAGCAGCCAAGUACCCGGAUGGACUGUCAUGGCCGCCGUCGCUGUGGUUCCACCGAGAGGAGCAGAGGAAGGCAAAUGUUGGAGCUGGGCGCUGUGGACGGCUUUACCUGCUUUUUAUCAUGUCGGACGUUAACGGGACGCCGCCUGAACUUCCAUCGAGUUCACGGUCUUGAGGUGGCCUCUUCAAGUUCCUCAGUCCGAGUCUUCAGAGAAAACAUGCAUUGAUGAGUUUUUUCCUUUUCUACAGAUUUCUCCAGACCUACAACUAUGGAAGAAGACCUGACAAUACCUCAAGAUUCUGCCAAAAAUUGCAACAAAUCAGUGAUAGAUGAUGAAAGAGAAAAGGUAAAAGACUUCGUGUAUAGACAUUUCAGAGAGGUGAACGAUGGGCCGUUGCUAGUGGACCACGCAAAUUCCACCAAGAAGGAAAAACAAACUCUAAACAAAGCCCACUGUAAAAUUCAACAGGGGGCUGUUUUCUCUGGAAAGAUCCUGAGCUUUGGGUGUUCGGUGUGUAAAGAUGAUUCCACGUAUAGCCCCAAUGACCUCCUCAAACACUUCCGAGCAGCUCACAAAGGAACUCUUCCAACGUACCCUUGUGAUUUGUGCGGUUUCGUCACAAACGAGUUCCCGGUUCUUCAGCGCCAUCGGAUCGAGCACAGGAAUACUCUGGUUACCUGCGAGCUUUGCAAUGAUGACGCUCAGUACUCGCUGCUUCUUCUUACGCGACACUACAUCCUAUGUCACAGUGUAAACGGACAGUUUGACUGCGACUGGUGCGAGUUUACGACUGUUGACGCUGGAACCUUCGUCCAGCACAUCCAUCACCACAACGAGAGUCCGUGGAAGUGUUCGAAAUGCAAACAUAUUAGCUUGAAUGAAGAGGAUCACCAGAAGCAUAUGAAAGCCCACUCUGGUUUGUUCCCCUACACUUGUCAGGAUUGUGGCUAUGGUUCAGCAAGAAGCGAGUAUCUGAAAAAACACGUGGCAGCUGUUCAUAAAGAAAAAUCUGAAAGAAAGAACGCGUUUAAGGCAGUAGAGGACAGCGGGACUCCAGUUCAUUCAUCAGCAAGCUUAAAACUUCUGCUUAAGAAGAGCCCAGGAGAGUCCCAGGAACCUCAGAGGAUAUCAAAACUGAACAGUCUUUCUGGGGGUUUACCAAACCAAAACGGCAGGUUGUUCAAAUCAGAUGUGCCAUCAGAGGAGAUCCACCAGUUACUUGAUGGAACUGGAGCAAAAAAGGACAAUAAAAACUCCAACAAAGGUGCUCAUAGCAUAGAACAGUCCACACUUGAGAUGUUGCAAGAAUGUGACAGUUCUGCAAACUCUGAAGCCGCCGCUCACACCACUCCUAAUGGUCUGAAAGUUCUGAUGGUCAAGAACAAAAUCUCCCUUCCCCCUAACUGUACAACCAAAGUAAUGGGUUUCAAGAUGGUUGAUGGCAAGAAACACUUAGUCCUCAAAGUAAUACCAGCAACAAAGCAAGACUCAUCUCCUCAGAAUCAUUCUUUGGUUGAAGAUGUUGGUUCUUCAUCAUCAGAGAAAAGUAAAGACACUAUUGACAAUGGAGAAUGUUCUAAUGGUAGGGGUUCAUUACAUUGCUUUGCAGUUUCACCAAGAGGUGGGUCUUGCAUACCGACAGAUCAAGAUGAAAUUUUGGCUGUAAAAGUAAAAGUUGAAGAGGAGGAAACUGCUGUUUGCAGCUUUGAUUUGUCACCUCAUGAAGGUGACGUUAGGGAGCCAACUAGUCCUUUAUUAAAUAGGUCUUCAGCUUGUGCAGAUACAGUAUAUCCCAUGACAAAUGAGUUUGACCAAGACAUCAAUACAUGUCACCAAAUUCAGUCAAGAAAAACGUCCGAUAACUCAGUUCCUUCUACAUGCAAGGCCACUGAUUUAGCUUUACAAUCAAAAGCUGCACAAGAGACGGUUUCUGAAACUGAUAUUGAAAAUUGUGGGGCAGCAGAUGGAAUGUCAUUGUCAGAAACGGUAGCAAACAGUAGUUUAAUGAACAAACAUAGAGGGAAGUCUUCUUGUAACACUACUCCAGAAAAGACCGAAAGGGAGUCCAGGCAUAAAAACAACCACAACUUAAAAACACUAUUGACAAAUCCAGUUUCUCUAUCGGAGUCAUCCUCGGAGAACUGUACACAAAACUCACCAAAUCAAGAAGUGUUUACGUUUCACAAUUAUUCCAAGGAAAUACUCAGCACCUCACCAAACACUAGCCAGGCUUUCGACAAUAUGUCCGACCUCUCAGCAGAUAAAGAAAGUAUUUAUGAGUCAUCGCAGUUUAGUUUGACUUUAGCAGAAUCUCCAGAACCAUAUUCCUAUAGCUGUAACGGAGAAGAAACAUCUCCCAAUGUGAGUCGAUGUGGCCAUGAUGGAGACGUUGAAGUAGAUGAAUGCAUAGCUAACGUUGAUGAUCCACCCACUGAGGAUGAAAACCCAGAGUCAGUGCUGCAAGACUUUAAUAUUAUCAAAAUUGAAGAGGAGAGCAUUCCUAUAUCCAAAACACCAGCAGAGAAUAAGGGUAGUUCAGCUUCAUUGGGCAGUUUUGUGGAAGAACAUUCAGAAACGAUCAUUAGCCAACAACUCACUAAAGAAAAACUAGCAACUUCAAGUGCAAGCAGUGAUUCGUCAAAACAAACUAAAACAACCGUACGAAUCCUUCAGUUGCCAGAGGGAAAGCAGCCGGUCCUUCUGAGAACUGCUGAGAAUCGGUUUGCCAUGCCAGUGCAGGUCAAGGCCUCCCCAGGUUUCAAACUGAUAACGAAUUCUGUAAAUCCUCAGAUCAAUGUCUCCUACAUGAAGCCAGCGCAGGAAAGAUCCAGUAAUCCAACUGGUGUAGUGCUUACGCAGAACAGGAGGGUUGGUGUUUCAGCACCAAAGGCAGGCAUUCCUGAAAAGGGUGCAACAAUUCUGUCUGCUGUUCCACAAGGCGUUAGCACUUCCUCAAAUCGCUACCUUAUCAACAGCACAGGGUUUAAGGGUCCUGUACUCCUUUCAAGCACACCAAAUAGUACCCCUACUGACAAAACUGCAAAAGCUCAACCAACUUGCUACUUAGUCCAGAGGUCAGUCCCAUUUGUUCAGGCUCCCAGUGCUCCUGGACUUAGGCUUGCAAGUACACAACUCCCUUUGAACUCCAGGCCAGUUCUAGCAAUGCCCGUUGGCUCCACAGAGAAACCAAAUCCUCUGCAGAGCGGUCGCCAAGCGUUCUUACUCCGGUAUAUUUCCCCGCCCAAAUCAGGCAUACUCUUAAAUAACCAAGAAGCAAAAACUGUGGCUCAGUCUAGUCAGUCCAAUGAAACUACAGGGAACAAAGUCAUAUUUAAAAUAGUCACUCCUACUGGUGGCCUUCUUUCAAGUGGUGCCCCUGUUGCUAGCAACCAGCCUUUGUUUCUGGCCACCAGACCUCAGACCCAGUGUUUUCUGGUAUCUCCAAACAAAACAAAUGCAAACAUUUCCAGCAGCAUAAAGAAAUUUAUUAAAAUUGCACAGAAAGAUGUCACGGAGUCUUCACGGUCUCCCAUGAAUGUAAAGGUACAGUCAUGUGAAGCAGAGAAACCCAUCUUAGCCCCAAGGCCAAUUCGGCCUCCAAGCCAAAGGAAAAGGCGAAGGAAACAACUAUUCGACGAGCUUCCACCGCCUGUGCACAAAGCUAGAAGACUCUCAAAUCGAGUUCUGACCGAAAAAGAGUCGGUUGUGUUGUGGAAGCCUGUAGCCAAAGAUGUUGAAAGGACACUGAGACUCUCCCCGUUCAGUUCUCUGCAACAGAUUAAAUGCCCUCGUCGAUACCAGCCGGUAGUGGUGCUCAAUCAUCCAGAUGCUGACAUUCCGGAAGUGGCUAAUAUCAUGAAGGCAGUAAACCGGUACAGAGGUGCAGUCAGUAAAGUAUCUCUGUCCGAAAAAACAGUCCAAGCGCUCUCUGAGCUCGGUGCUUUGGGGACGAACUCCCCGACCAAAGGAGCGGUAUCUGAGAGCGACGACCCCAGACCUCGGCCGGUUCAGAGUUCUGUCCGAGAGCGAUUCCUUCUCAAACUAAAACUGAGGAAAAAGAGCAGAAAGAAGUACGAGGUAGUGAAAACUCUAGCGGGCUCGAGGCAGGAGUCUGUGAUGUUUGACUGCUGGUUUUGCGGUCGGCUUUUUAACAGCCAAGAAGACUGGAUCGGCCACGGUCAGCGGCAUCUCAUGGAGGCAACUAGAGACUGGAAUAAACUGAUCUGAACAUUUUCCAUCACCUUCGAAUGGGUCGAUAUUCUGUCCAUUUGAGGUGCAACAAAUGGUUAAUGUUGUAUAUUUUUAAAGGACCUUCCACUAUAAGAUUGUUGGAUUUUUGUUUCCUGUAAAUAAUAUUCUUAAGUAAAUCAUAGUUUAUCUUUUCAUAGGUGCGUAUCCUAGUAAAUUAUGUACUGCAGGCAUGAUUUUUAACAUCAUGCAUGGACAGGUCAAAUUGAACUGUGAAAAUGGUACACUGUAAUUAGGAGUUGUGGUAAGAGCACGAACUACGAAAUGAUGGACAAAAUCAACAGAGGUUUUAUGCAGAGGUGGAUUAAAUUACUCAGGUAAUUUCAUAUAAAUCUGGUUUGUCAUUUUUGCUCAAAAAUAUAAAAACAGGCCUAUCUUAAGGGACUUUUUUAUCUUUUAUUAUCCUGCACAAGAGGACAGGAGGUUCUUUUUGUAUAGUCUAACUUAGAGCUGGUAGACGAAUUCAAUUGUUUUGUGAUGGAAUCAUGUUCCGGUCCAAAUAAUUUCCUUCUUUUGUAUGAUGUUUUAAUUAAAUGGGAUUUGUUUUGUCACUUCUUUCACUGUCAGGAUUAGUUUACAGUUUUCUCUCCAGGAUUUCGUCAACCUGUAGCAUACGUCUGUCAGAAUGAAAGCUGAGAUUUUUCACGUUGUCAGAGUGAACGGAUGGUUUUCUAACAACACUUUUUACAGAAAAGAAGAAAAUCAAAUAGCGAUGCUUACUGUCGCUCUGUUAGUACUUGAGAAACACAGCUCAGCCCACUGUACAUCCUAUGCAGUCUCCAAAUUCAGUCAACUCCUCUCUUAAGUCACGUUCAAUGUAACAAUUUUGUCAUGAUGUAAGAAAACGGUGAUCAAUUUCUGUUUUUGUUGGUUUCCAGGCAUCAGGUUUGAGUCCAGUGAAAUAAUGUCAUAUUCCAGUAGUCGGUAUAACAACAGAUUGGUCAUAUUCACCAACUUUACCACCAGUUAUGAUUUUUAGAUCUGCUGGUUUCAACAAAAAAAAUAAAUAUAUAAAGCUGGGUUUUAUAAUCUGUACUCAUGGGUUUGUAAUUUAAGCCAAACUGAAGCAAUAUACAUAGAUACGAACUUCUAGAAUCAAAAACCAAAGCUUCUUAAAACGAACAAGUAAUAAAUAUGUUAGAACUGCAACGAUUAAUUGAUUAUUACAUUAAUCAACAGAUAUUAUGAUGGUCUGUUUGAGAAGAAGUCUCAAAUUCCAGCUUUUUGGAUUAUUUUCUGGCUUCUUUUCUCAUAUUUGACAAUAAACUUGAAGUAAGAGUAAAUAUGAGACAUUUGAGGAUGUUAACAUGGUAUUUGAAAAACAUUCUCUCCAUUUUCUGACAUUUUAUCGACCAAACAAUUGGUCAAUUGAAACUAAUUGUCAGUGAAACUGAACAAACAGCUUUUGGCAAAUAAAUACAUGAACUGUCUACAAAGUAUAACAUAAAGAGAUACGACAAAAUAUUCAUGAAAAAAAACAAAAACAUUGUGCAUUAGUGUUUAGAGUACAGCAAUUAGCUUAUAUACAUUUUAAUUGGUAAAAUAUUCUGUAAAGUGUCAUGUGUAAAACAUCUGGUGCUCAUGGAAAACGUGGCUUUGGAACAUUUUUGGGUUGAAAUGCAGACGUUAGUGGUGGAUAACACUGGUAUACAAGGAAAUCACUCCAAGCGUAAAUAUGAAGCUUUCACAAAUUAGCAUCAGCAAAGGCAAAAAAUGAAGUCACAAGUGUUUAUCAACCAAACAACUGAUCAAUUAAAACUGCCACUGAAACCCAACCGACAGCAUUUAGCAAAUAAAUACAUGAACCGUCUACAAAGUACAACAUAAAGAGAUGCAACAAAAUAUUUAUGAAAAAAAAGAAACACUUUGCGCAUUUGUGUUUAGAGCACAAUGAGCUUAUAUAAAUAUUAACUGGUAAAAAUAUUCCAUAACUUCACUGUUAUAGAGUGAAGUGUCAUCUGUGAAACAUCUGAUGCCCAUAGGAAACUUGACUUUGGAACAUUUUUGGGUUGAAAUGCAGACAUUAGUGGUGGAUAACACUGGUCUACAAGGAAAAUGCCCCUAGCAUAAACACGAAAAUUAAAAAAAGAAAGAAAAAUUAAGUCAUAAGUGUGAGUCGGUUUCAGUUUUUAAGACAAACUCGGAAGGAAUGUUUGAAAACACUGUCUGCACAUUAGAGUACGUCCACUUUUCACAUUCAUUCCAGUGUAAUAUUUCUAAAGUUAUUAUGUAAAUGUACAUAAACUUAAGCCAACUGUCACUUUUGUCAGAUGUUUUUUAAUUCUACAUAUCAAAGUUAGGUAAGAUUUAGCAGAGUUUGGAGCAGGAAAAAGCCGAUAGUCGAUUAAUAAAUCAAUACCAUCACCAUUUGUCUUAAAAAUGCAUUAUUCAUCUGUCACUUCAUUAGAAACUAGAUAACGGUUUAUGGUUUAUACUUUCUUUAACCUUGUUUAUUCUUAUUGAGGAUCCCCAUUAGCCCAUGUACAAAUGCCAGGCUAGUCUUCCCGAGGUCCUCUUAAAAAAAAAAAAAAAAAAAAUUCAGGAUGCAAAAUCACAA